UUGUUUGAAUAUCACUUUAGUUGUGAAGAUAUGUUCAUUAAGAUUUUCUUUGCUUCACUCGUUGCCUUCACUUGUUUUCCAACUUCCACACAUGGAGCCACUCUAAUCCCAAAUGAAGUGGAAACUUUGCGAGAAAUUGCAAAAACCUUGGGGAAGAUAGACUGGAAUUUUGGAGUGGUGGAUCCAUGCAGCGGCGAAUUGGGUUGGGUUACACCAAAUCUAGUGGAGGGAUCUGAAAAUUCAGUGAAGUGCAACUGCACCUUCCACAAUAACACCAUCUGUCAUGUUGUUAGCAUAGUGCUCAAAGCUCAAUCUCUGCCGGGGACUGUCCCCAAAGAGCUGGUGAAGCUUCCUUAUCUGCAGGAAAUUGACCUCACCCGCAACUACCUUAACGGUUCAAUCCCGGCAGAAUGGGGUUCCACGAAACUAGUCAACAUUUCUCUUCUUGGGAACCGGUUAACGGGAUCGAUCCCGAAAGAGUUGGGAAACAUCAGCACUCUUGUAAACUUUACCGUGGAGUUCAAUCAGCUUUCGGGUGUUCUUCCUCCAGAGCUGGGGAAUCUGUCCAGUAUAGAGAAGAUGCAUCUCACCUCCAACAAGUUUAUUGGGGAGUUGCCGGAAACAUUUGCAAAGCUUACCACAUUGAAGGACUUUAGGAUUGGCGAUAAUAAUUUCACAGGAACAAUACCCAAACUCAUCCAGAACUGGACAAAUCUUAAAAAAUUAGUGAUUCAGGCAAGUGGUAUGAGUGGGCCUAUUCCUCCUGAGAUUGGCGUUUUGGAAAAACUAUCUGACUUGAGAAUCAGCGACUUGAAAGGAACUGAAGCAGCUUUUCCACCAUUGAGUAAUAUGAAAAACUUGAAUAUACUGAUAUUGAGGAGUUGCAAUCUCAGUGGACUGCUGCCCGACUAUCUUGGGCAAAGGACAGGCUUGAAAACUUUAGACGUGAGCUUCAACAAAUUAAGUGGAAAAAUUCCAGACAGUUAUCUUGGUAUAUCAAAAAUAGACUACAUGUAUUUGACCGGAAACUUGCUAACUGGACGCAUACCCGAUUGGAUUCUACAGAAAGGAGAAAACAUUGAUCUUUCCUACAACAACUUUACGAGUGGAAACUCAGAAGACUGUCAGACUCGGAGUGUGAAUUUGUUUGGAAGCUCUUCAGGGAGCAAUAACUUUGGAAUCGUUUCAUGCUUGAGAGGCUUCCCUUGUCCAAAAAAUUAUUACUCAGUCCAUAUCAACUGUGGUGGAAAGGAAGUAAUUGUUGACAACAAAACAUACGAAGAUGAUACAUAUUUAUCUGGAGCUUCCACAUAUCACAAAAGUGAAACUAACUGGGCGGUUAGCAGCACUGGUUACUUCAUGGAUGAUAGUAUUGAUACAGACUCCUAUAUUGCAAACAAUAAGUCUGUACUCCUGAUGAAUAAUUCUGCACUGUACAUGAAUGCGCGUCUUUCUGCCCUCUCUCUCACUUAUUAUGCAUUCUGUCUGGGAAACGGAAACUACACGGUAAAACUCCAAUUUGCGGAGAUUAUGUUUACUGACGAAAAAACGUAUAGUAGCCUUGGAAGGCGCAUAUUUGAUGUUUACAUUCAGGGAAAGCUGGUUCUGAAGGAUUUCAACAUUGAGGAUGCCACAGGAGGGGCUGGCAAAGAAACCAUACAAAAUUUUACAAUAUCUGUGACUAGCAGAACAUUGGAGAUCCGCUUCUAUUGGGCUGGGAAAGGGACGACUGCCAUUCCUAGUAGAGGGGUUUAUGGUCCUCUCAUAUCUGCUAUUUCUGUGACCCCCAAUUUUACACCCCCUGCAGAAAAUGGAAGCAGUAGUAUAUCUGCAGGCGUUGUGGUUGGUAUCAUGGCUGCAGUAGCAUUUCUUCUACUUCUGGUUCUAGGUGUCCUUUGGUGGAAAGGCUGCCUAAGACGAAAAAAUACAAUGGAACAAGAUUUAAGGGGCCUAAAUCUACAAACCGGUACAUUUACCUUACGGCAAAUUAAGGCUGCCACAAACAACUUUGAUGCAGCUAAUAAGAUUGGAGAAGGUGGUUUUGGUUCUGUUUAUAAGGGCCUAUUAUUGGAUGGCACCAUAAUUGCAGUGAAGCAGCUUUCUUCCAAAUCAAAACAAGGAAAUCGUGAGUUUGUGAAUGAAAUAGGCAUGAUUUCUGCUCUACAACAUCCGCAUCUUGUAAAGCUGUAUGGCUGUUGUAUCGAAGGAAAUCAGUUAUUGCUAGUAUAUGAGUACAUGGAAAACAACAGCCUUGCCCGGGCAUUGUUUGGCCCAAAAGAUAGCCAAUUGAAACUGGAUUGGCCUACAAGACACAAGAUUUGUGUUGGUAUAGCAAGGGGUUUGGCUUAUCUACAUGAAGAAUCGAGGCUGAAGAUUGUUCACAGAGACAUAAAGGCCACUAAUGUGCUGCUCGACAAGGACCUUAACCCCAAAAUAUCCGACUUUGGCUUGGCCAAACUUGAUGAAGAGGAGAAUACCCACAUUAGCACCCGGAUCGCUGGAACUUUUGGAUAUAUGGCACCUGAAUAUGCAAUGAGGGGACAUUUAACUGAAAAGGCAGAUGUUUAUAGUUUUGGAGUUGUGGCUUUGGAAAUCGUUAGUGGGAAGAGCAACACUACUCACAUUCUAAAGGACAACCGCGUGUAUCUUCUCGAUUGGGCACUCCUGUUAAAAGAGAAGGGCAAUCUGAUGGAGCUAGUGGACCCAAUACUGGAAUCAAAUUUCAGAAAGGAAGAGGUUAUGGCGAUGAUCAAUGUGGCUCUUCUAUGCACCAGCGCCUCUCCAGCGGUUAGGCCGACCAUGUCAUCAGUAGUGAGCAUGCUUGAAGGCAGAGCUCAUGUUCAGGAAAUCUCUUCGGGUUUAAGCAUCUCCAGUGAUGAGAUUAAGCUCAAGGAACUGAGGGAACAGCAUGAACUCUACCUUGAAAAGAAUACUAGUGAGGGCCAAAUUCCAAGUUUGUCAACAGAUGGGCCAUGGACCGCCUCUUCCACCUCUGCUGCUGAUCUCUACCCCAUCACCAUGAAUUCUCAGUACUGGGAGAAUAGAGAUCAGUAAAAAAGAAAAUAGUAACGUAAGUUCUGCAAAUCCAUCGUAUAAUUUGCUUUCGAUUUCGGGUGAUCAAAUACAUAGUACUUGUUACAAACUGUACGAAGUCUCAUGAUCUUAUAACAUAUGUGCAUAUAUCAAGGCUUGCCUCUUACAAGGUAGGACUUAGGAGGAACUUCUUUCAAGAGGAUAAGUGAUACUACUGUUAUUUAUUGAAUCAA